AUGUAUGUCACGUACAUGUCCGCCCACAUUGAACCCCGCUCUGUCGACUCAUACCUUUCCGGAAUAUGCAGCGGCUUGGAGUCUUACUUUCCUCACGUUCGCGAAGCCCGCAAAAGUCGUCUUGUAUCGAGAACUUUGCGUGGGUGCAAACGGCGCUACAGCCAACCUGUCUCGCGAGCCCAACCUAUGUCUGUGGACGACCUCGGCACCAUCCACGAUGCCCUUCACUCUUCAACCUCGCAUGACGACAAACUAUUCCUAGCACUCGUCUUCACCGGCUUUUAUGCAUUGAUGCGCCUAGGGGAACUCGUCCACUCCGACAAUCCUGUGCUGCGCGACCCGCGAAAGCUUACGCUCCGCGACAACGUCACAUACCACCGCAGUCACUAUCAAUUCACCCUACCAACACAUAAAGCUGAUCUUUUUGAGAGUAAUUCCAUCCUCAUACGAGCCCAGUCGAACAGACCAGACCCGGUGAGAGUAUUCACGUCCUACAUCUCCUCUCGAGAUGCCCUAGCUGGUUUUCGACCCCAACUUUGGCUACGUGAAGAUGGGUCGGUCCCGACACGAGAAUGGUUCAUGCGUAGGCUCCGACGUUUUCGACCAAAGUUGACCGGCCAUUCCAUGCGCUGCGGCGGUACGACUUUCCUAGCAAUGACUGGAGUCACACCGGAAAAUAUUCGUCGGAUGGGCCGCUGGUCCUCGAAUGCCUGGGAGAUCUAUGUCCGAAAGCAUCCUGUAAUCUUACAGGCUUUUGUCUUCGGCGGUCAGGCAACCGGAGAUCCUACGGCAGCAUGA